CGUUACAGUUCAAGCUACCCGGAGCCCCAAUAGGAACAAGCUGGGCAUACUUGGUGUAUGUGCGGGAACACCAUGUCCGCACCCUUGCCUGCUAUCGUGCCCGCCGCCAGGAAAGCCACGGCCGCGGUUAUAUUCCUACAUGGGCUUGGAGAUACCGGGCAUGGCUGGGCAGAAGCAAUGGCAAGUAUCAAGAGUCCACAUGUAAAGUACAUCUGUCCACACGCGCCCAUAAUGCCAGUUUCGUUGAACAUGAAUAUGGCUAUGCCUUCCUGGUUUGAUAUUAUUGGACUGUCUCCAGAUGCUCAAGAGGAUGAGGCCGGCAUUAAGCGAGCUGCAGAAAAUGUGAAGGCAUUAAUAGACCAAGAAAUAAAGAAUGGCAUUCCUUCCAACAGAAUCAUCUUGGGAGGCUUCUCUCAGGGAGGAGCCUUGUCACUGUACACUGCCCUGACUACACAACAGAAAUUAGCGGGUGUUGUGGCAUUAAGCUGUUGGCUUCCAUUGAGAUCUUCCUUUCCUCAGGCUGCUGCUAAUAGUGCCAACAAAGAUGUAGCUGUUCUUCAGUGUCAUGGAGAAAGUGAUCCACUGGUUCCACUCAUGUUUGGCACUCUAACCUCCGAGAAAUUAAAGACUAUAAUAAGCCCUGUAAACAUCAAUUUCAAGACCUAUUCAGGAUUAAUGCAUAGCUCAUGUAACCAGGAGAUGACUGACAUCAAGCAGUUUAUUGACAAACAACUACCUCCAGUUAAUUGACAUCCUCCUGAAUCUUCGUAGUACCUGACACCAGCAACGGUUACUAACUGAAAAGGAACCUUAUCAAUAACUGCAAAUAAAAACUUUGUACAAAGAAAUCACAGACCCUAUUGGAUAGAGGAUUCAUAGCUGCAACAUAUACUGCAGAAUAAACAAAUAGAAACCUAGCAAACUGUUUGCUAUAAGCUUCCUAACAAAGUAAGGGCUAGCUAACCUUACUGUAAGAGCAGAGAGCCAAAGUCACCCUGUGUAGCACAGAGGAACAUUACACCUUCUGAAAAAAACAUUUUUGGUUGGUUACUCUAACUUGUUCCUUAGCUGUGUGUAAAUUAUUAAAGGGCAACUGGCAUCCCUCCAGAUAUUGCUGAACUACUAAUCCCAGCAUCCCUGACUUCCCUAGGCUGUCAGUGGAUUGCUAGGAGCUCGGCAACAUCUGGAGGGCACCUAUAUGGCCAACCAGAGUUUACAAAUGAGAUGGCAAUGCUAAAAUGCUAGUUUAUACAUAUUUGUAGUAUGCCUCUUGUUAAUUUAAGAGAAUUUCUGAAACAGUCUUCAAACAGUAAUGUUACAUGUUUAAAUUUUAUGGUGGGAUGUAUUUGUUGUAAAGUGCCAUGUAUGAAAGCUUUCAAAUCCCUUUUCUCAAAGCAAUAAAACAGGAGAGAAAAAUU